CCAUUUAAGGAAGAAGGAAAACAGCAUUAUUCAUCAUUACAACAAUUCAUUAUAUUAAUUUAUGCAUUGAAAAGUAAAGGUCUCAAUACUUCACAAAUUAGGAUUCCAAGGAGCAGCUUAGUCAGUCUAAGACUCAAAACAAACUCCAUUCCCAAGCAACGGAUAUAUUUUGCCAUUUCUUGUAAAUUGGAAGCGACGACUGGUUUUUCCAUUAAGCUUCCUCUUACUCUCACUAUAUAAAACCUUUCCCAUCGCCUGCAAUGGAGGACAUGGGCAGGACAGCUUAAACAACCUCUCCAUAGUUCCCCAAAUUUCCUUUCUCUCUUUCCUUUUUUCAUUUUGCAGAGAAGAAAAUGUUGAAGAUGAAGUUUCUCUUUCCCUUCUUCUUCUUCUUCACUUUCCUUCUGGGUCUUACUACUGCAGGUCAAGAAUCUAUUCAAUUUGUGAAGUUAGAUGAGAUAAUUUCUUCAGGGGUUUUUCCAGCAAUUUCUGGUUCUGAUCUCCCUGUUGCUGUUUCUGUUACUGAUGCUGAGCUUCCAGAAGUUUCAAGCAGUGUUUUAAUGGCGGAAAGUUGGCUUAGAACCUUCGUUCUGGCUCACUACCCUUCCACUAAAAUCACUACCAUUGUUGUGGGAAACAGUUCUUUAUGCAGCACCAAGAAUCAGGAUACUAACACUUUACAAUUUGUGUUGCUUUCUCUGAAGAAUUUGUUUUACUCUCUCACAAGAUGGGGUUUGGAGAAUCAAAUCAAAGUUUCUACUCUCUUCCCAAAAGAUUGCUUCCACUCUCAAGAGGAAUCCAUUCAGAAUAUGGUUAAACUUGUGAUUGAGUUCAUCCAAAGUACAAACUCCACAUUGACUCUCAAACUAACUGAAAAUGUAAUUUCUCUACAUGAAACAGAGAAUUUCAUCUCCACCCAUAUGAACAAAUUUGGAUUUCUAAAGCUACACAAAGUGAAUUUAAUAACCAGUGUCACAAAUCAGAGAAACCCCAUUAGCAGAAAGCUGUCUUCAUUCAUGGAACUCAACGAAUACGAACCUUUCUUUACAUCAGAGCCACCACUGCCGUCAGACCUCGCCACACCCCCACUUCCACCAGAGUCCCAAAUCGCAUCUCCGCCGCAUUGGAGUUUCGCCGCCGCCCCAGAAUCGCCUCCGUUCGUGGUACCAGCAAGCCCACCGAUGGGAUUUUCCCUGCCUCCAUGUAAUCCAGACCAAAACGCCGGUGCGCCAUUUCCACAAACAGGUAGCGUGCAAAAGCAGUGGUGCGUGGCGAAACCGAGUGUUCCGACGGAGAUACUGCAGCAGGCGAUGGACUACGCUUGUGGGGACGGCGGCGCCGACUGCCGGGAGAUAUCGGCGGAGGGUAGCUGCUUUCAUCCAGAUACUUUGGUGGCACAUGCGUCGUACGCCUUCAAUAGUUACUGGCAGAAGAACAAGAGAAAUGGAGGAACUUGCAGCUUUGGGGGAACUGCCAUGAUUAUAAGUUCAGAUCCAAGUAAGAAUCUAUGUGAUAUUUAUGAUUUUUCUUUGGUGUGUCAAUUGAAUUGAUGAAGGAUUUUGAUGAAGUGGUUUUUGUUGUGUUGUUUUUGCAGGUUUUCAUCACUGCCGGUUUGUUCUAAGCUAAAUUUUUUCCUCUUCAUCUUUAGGGAUAAUGGCGUUUUAGUUUGUUUUUGUUCUGUCCAUUUUGUUUCUUUGAAUAAUACUUUAUAGAUUGAACUUUGAA